CCGCGAUGACGUCAGCGCGCGGAAGUAAACAGACCGCUGCGCUUCAUUUGUAAACGCGUUAAUGAAAGGUUUACGAUCAUCUGACCAUGUUUUAAAUACUAAUAUAUGGUUAUCAUUCAUAAAGUCAACAGUCCGCUUGAAUGACUGUGAUCGGGGCAGAAGUAAAUCGCUGUGCUCAUGACUAUACUGUAAAUGUCAUUGAUUAUUGAUCGAUUAUUGAUUGAUUGAGUUCAGGAUGGCUGCGGGCUUCGCUCCUCCGAAGCUGAAAGACUUUAUUCUGACAGAGAAACUGGGAAGCGGCACAUAUGCCACAGUUUAUAAAGCUUUCAGAAAGACGGACAGCAGGGAGGCGGUGGCUGUGAAGGUGGUCAGUAAGAAAAGUCUGAAUAAAAGCUCAAUGGAGAACCUGCUGACAGAGAUUGAGAUCCUGAAAACAGUCCGGCAUCCUCACAUAGUGCAGCUCAAAGACUUCCAGUGGGACAGUGAGAACAUCUUUCUGAUUCUGGAGUGGUGUUCAGGAGGAGAUUUGUCCCGAUUUAUCCGCAGUCGCCGGAUUCUUCCGGAGAGAGUCGCCCGUCGCUGCCUGCAGCAGAUCGCAUGUGCUCUUCAGUUUCUUCACGAGAAGAACAUCUCUCAUCUGGACCUCAAACCACAGAACAUCCUGCUGAGUGGAAACACGCUGAAGCUCGCAGAUUUUGGUUUUGCGCAGUACAUGAGCCCGUGGGACGAGCAGCAGGCUCUGAGAGGAUCUCCGCUCUACAUGGCUCCAGAGAUGGUCUGCAGACGCUAUUAUGACGCUCGAGUGGAUCUGUGGUCCGUCGGGGUCAUUUUAUACGAAGCAUUAUUUGGACGAGCUCCCUUCGCCUCUCGCUCAUUCGCUGAACUAGAAGAGAAGAUCCGCAGUGAGAAACCCAUCGAGCUGCCGUCGGGAGCGAGAGUUUCUCGUGACUGUCGAGAUCUGCUGCUGCGGCUGCUGGAGCGAGACCCGGACAGCCGCAUCACGUUCGACGAGUUCUUCCUGCAUCCCUUCGUGGAUCUGGAGCACAUGCCCAGCGCCGAGAGCCUCGGGAAGGCCACAGCGCUGGUUUUGCAGGCGCUGCAGAAGGACCAGGAUGGAGAGCGAUUGGCUGCGUUAUCUCUCUACUGUAGUGCACUCGAACACUUCGUUCCUGCCAUUCACUAUGAGACGGACAAACAGAGGAAGGAAGCGCUGAGACAGAAGGUGAAUCAGUAUGUUUCUCGUGCCGAGGAGCUCAAAGCAUUGGUCAGAUCGGACAACAAGAUCAGUUUUGAGGAGGCAAAAUCAACCAGGAACAUAUUAAUAGAAAUGUCCAGAGAUCAGCCGCGUUUGCUGGCGGCUCUGGAAGUGGCGUCCACUGCUGUUGCCCGGGAGGAGAGCGGUGCCGAGGACUACGACACGCUUGAUCUAUACCAGCGGAGUCUGGGCGAGCUGCUGCUGGCAUUGGCGGCUGAAUCUCAGGGCCGGCGCAGGGAGCUGCUCCACAGCGAGAUUAAAAGUCUGAUGAGUCGAGCUGAAUACCUCAAAGAGCUGAUCAAGAUGCGGGAAACUCAGACGGACGAAUCGCUGAAGAAAGACGCCGCUGCUGAAUCUGUCAGAUCCUCCUGUUGUUUACAGUGAGCGGCGGGUUCUCGCCAUGGCAACGGAUGUCGUGUGUCACAUGACUGGAGGAUUCGCAGCAUCUGAUUGGCUCCUGGCUGACAGUCAAAGCACUGUCAGAUCUGGUUUGUGAUCAUCUGGACGAGAUCUGAAAUCACUGUGCUGAGAAACAGACCUUCACAAGAAGAAACUGACUGUAAAAUCACUGCUCUGGAUUUAAACUCUCUCUCUCUCUCUCUCUCUCACACACACACACACACACUCUCUCUCACACACACAGAGGCUGACCGCAGCUCAACCACAGAUCCAGCAGCAUGACAGAGGUGUGGCUUUCUGUGUGUUUACUCUGGGUUCACACACUUCACACGCGCUCGCUCACACACACACACACACACACACACACACACUUACUCACAAGGCAGAAUACUGUUAGACGAGCUCUGAUUCCUGAUGAUUGUGUGGUGAUUUAUUCACUGUCUGAUUUGAAGGAAAGCAUCAUCUGUAUUUCUCAA